CGGUUUAGUAGUAAGAAUCCUAUUUUUUGGUUUGGUUCUGUUGUAUUUUUAGUACCUGAUGAACACAGAAACACUUGUUCCUCACUUUGCAAAACAUUUUCAUCAUCUCCCGAUUGAUCGCUCAUAGCGUAAAAACUUUAGAAUCACCGGUGUGAGUUUUGAAAAAUGGUGUUUCUUAGGAGCGUCUCGGCCAUUUCAAGGCUCCGAUCUCGAGUCACAAAGCAAUCUUCACUUAGCAACUCCGUCAGAUGGAUUCAGACGCAAGGCUCUUCCGAUUGGGACCUGAAGUCUCAGCUGCAAGAGAUAAUUCCAGAACAACAGGACCGCUUGAAGAAAUUGAAAUCACAACAUGGAACUGUCCCAGUGGGGAACAUCACUGUUGAUAUGGUACUUGGUGGAAUGAGAGGGAUGACUGGUUUACUCUGGGAAACCUCACUGCUUGAUGCAGAAGAGGGGAUACGUUUUAGAGGCAUGUCGAUUCCUGAAUGCCAGAAAGUAUUGCCUGCAGCUCAGCCUGGAGGAGAGCCUUUGCCUGAGGGUCUUCUGUGGCUUCUGUUAACUGGAAAGGUGCCAAACAAAGAGCAAGUUGAUGCAUUGUCAAAGGAGCUAGCUAGCCGUGCUGCUGUGCCAGAUUAUGUCUACAAAGCUAUCAAUGCUUUGCCUUUGACUGCUCAUCCAAUGACUCAAUUUGCAAGUGGUGUUAUGGCUCUCCAGGUUGAAAGUGAAUUCCAGAAGGCAUAUGAGGAGGGUGUUGUUCAUAAGUCAAAGUUCUGGGAGCCAACCUUUGAGGAUGCUCUCAACUUGAUAGCUCGUGUCCCUGUUGUAGCUUCGUACGUUUAUCGGAGAAUGUUUAAGGAUGGUAGCAUAAUUCCAUUAGAUGAUUCUUUGGAUUAUGGUGCUAAUUUUUCACACAUGCUGGGAUUUGAUAGUCCUCAGAUGAAAGAGCUCAUGAGGCUUUAUGUCACCAUUCACAGUGAUCAUGAAGGUGGAAAUGUUAGUGCUCACGCUGGUCACUUGGUUGGGAGUGCACUUUCAGAUCCAUAUCUUGCAUUUGCAGCUGCCUUAAAUGGCUUAGCUGGACCACUACACGGUUUGGCGAAUCAGGAAGUUUUGCUAUGGAUCAAAUCAGUUGUGGAGGAAUGCGGAGAAAAUAUAUCAAAGGACCAGCUGAAAGAUUAUGUCUGGAAAACGUUAAACAGUGGCAAGGUGGUUCCAGGAUAUGGCCAUGGCGUUUUGCGUAAGACGGAUCCAAGAUAUGUAUGCCAAAGAGAGUUUGCCUUGAAGCAUCUACCUGAUGACCCUCUUUUUCAGCUGGUGUCUAAGCUCUAUGAAGUUGUGCCUCCUAUUCUAACCGAGCUAGGAAAGGUCAAGAACCCUUGGCCUAACGUGGAUGCUCACAGUGGAGUGCUGCUCAACUAUUAUGGUCUAACCGAAGCAAGAUACUACACGGUUCUUUUUGGCGUCUCAAGGAGUCUUGGAAUCUGCUCACAGCUGAUAUGGGAUCGAGCUCUUGGACUGCCACUUGAGAGACCGAAGAGUGUUAACAUGGACUGGCUCGAUAAGUUCAUGAGCUUGAGCCGCUGAGGUCAUACCUAACGUGUUGGUCAAGAUAAUCACUCUUCUCUCUCAUUUGAUGGGUAUCUUUUAGCACAAUUUUCAUUACGAUUAUUUGUUUUUCUUUGGAGUUGUCUUCUGAAAAUGAAAUAAUGCCAACAAUUGAAUAAACGGUCUUUCUCGGAUUGAAAUACACUAAAUUAUUAUUCCAACAUUGACAAACAAGUUAACCUAUUGGCUCUCA